UGGAAGCAAUGGCCAAAAAACCAGAGUGAGUAUAUGGUUCCCGAUGAUAAGCUUGUAGGCAGAUGUUAGUAGCAGCGAUGCCACACAGAUUCGGUGGAGGCCGGUCAGGGGGAUUUUCUACAGAAUCUCUUACAGGCCCCUUGCCAAGUUCAUCCUCGGGCGGUCCCUCGCCAUCAGCCCUCCUAUUUUGUGUUAGCCGCGUUGCAGAAAGAUCUACAGUCGAAGAGCGUUGCAGGCAUGGUAAGGACGCUUGGGGCGGCAAAAGACGGGGACGGGAUGUUGGGGAGGGGCGUGGUGGGGAGAAUGAACGGGUUCUUCUUCGUCCAAGAAUAGAGAUGGAGGAAAGGGGAGUAAGAGGGGUAGCGGAUGGAGACAAAAUCAGGGGAGGUAGGAGUGGUGAAGACAGCGGCGGUACAGUAGUCGGAAGGUGGGUAACAAACGGAGAUAAAACCAGGGGAAGUAAAGGCGGUGAAGAUGGGAAGGAUGAAGUCAGGGGUGGUGAAGUGGCUGAAGCGGACACAAGGGGCGCAGUCGCAGGUGAGACCCGAAGAGGGGACUCUGCAGGUGGUAAUGCAGGCAUGGCCACAGAUGCCAUGGAGGAGCACACCAAGACCGAGGGCAGCACAGCAGCUGUGGUGGCCACGGAUGCUAUGGAGGAACACACCGAGACCAAGGGCGACGCAGCAUCCGCGAUGGCCACGGAUGCCAUGGAGGAACACACCGAGACCAACGGCGACACAGCAGCUGCGGGUCGAGUUGCUCUCGCGGAAUCAAUCGUAGAAGCAACCAAGGCCAAUGGGGAAGAGGCUGCGAACCGAAAAGGGGUAGCCAGGGUCACAAACGGCAUGGAAGGGGUCAUUACGACUGAUGAGGACGUAGGUGCAGCAGAUGCAGGUAAUGAAGAAGAGGCUGUGAUAGGUGUGACAGGCGUCGGUAAUGAAGAAGGGGCUGUGACAGGUGUAGUCCGAGGACAGUGUGUGGACACCCGAGAAAGCGGGUGAUGAAUAGACCAUCGAAGCAUGCUGCGGAACCAGCUGGAGAGGCGGGUCACGUGGGCAGGGUACCUGUGUUGACGUUUACGAAUAUAGGAAGUCCAUCCUUUCGCAAGCGUUGUUGGAGAGUGCCCGCAAAAAAGCAUACGGCGUGUGAGCAUCGCUGCUGCAGUUUUGAAGUCAUACCAGUUGUUGCAGACAUACUCGAACCUAGUAAGCUGGCCUGUAAACACUCCCGCCGGCUGGUGUGCAGGGACAUUAGACGUAGCACUAGGAUAA